AUGAAGCUUUAGAAGAAUUAUACAAAAUAGACAUAAAGAUAUAUCUUACAGAAGGGUGGAGAAAAUCCUGAAAUGGAAAUCAAAGAAUACAAGGAGAACUUGAGUAUGCUUAUGCGAUGUCUAUUGCUGUUGAAAAGACUAAAAUUAAAAUUUAACAAGAGGAAGAAUUUAUUCAAGCUAUAGGAUAAAAUUAAUAUCACAUUUAAGAUAACGUGUAAAUUCUAAUAUCGUUUCAAGAGGAAGAAAUUUUAUCAAGUCAAGUCUAAUAAUAACCGAUAGUAAAUCGCAAGGCCUAGCAGUAAAAAAAGGUCCAUUAGUUACAGAUAUGGUAAAUAAAGAGUUAAUCAAUAUCCUUAGACAGAAUUCGUCAUAGAUUAAAAGAGACCUUUUGAAUUAGAGUUGAAGAAGUAAGAAUUAAGAAAGAGAGCAGAAUUGUUGAAGAAAAUAAAAUAAGAUACAUUAAAGUGUAUAGAUGAAAUAAAUAUUAUAUAAUAUCAUGUAUAUUAUUCAUCUUUCAAUUGUUGA